ACAAAUGUUAAUAAAGUCAACAUGAGACAAAAAAAUUUAAAGGCCGAAAACAUGCUUCGGCAUCAAGAUUUGGCCAAAAAUAUGUUGCCGAAUUGUGGUCUGGGCAAAGCUGCUGCCAAUAAAUUGUGGGACUCCUUGGCGGUCCUGCUUAAUGCGACCGGUCCACCAAUGAAGGAUGCUAAGUCUUGGCGGAAAGUAUUUGCUGAUCAAAAGCACAACGUCAAAAAGAAGUUGUCUUUCAACAAAGCGUCGAAGCAGCGAACUGGUGGUGGUCCUUACGAAGAAAAGUACCUAACAACAGCAGAGGAGCAACUGCUUCAGGCUACCGGCAUGGACGUUGCGGUAGAAGGCCUGGGAGAAGUAAGAACUUUUGGCAACUCCACCCCGGAAAAAGAGCCUGUCGAAAAGCUUAUGGCAAAGCUUUUAUACAGUGACGAAGACGACGUUCCACCGAAACCCUUUACUAGUCGCAACGCAACGAAGAGGAGCAAACAGGAUGCUGCCGAUGAAAAGCUGGCCCUCAUUAAAGAAAACAUGAUCGCGUUUGUGCUACCAGCAGAGUAUAGGCGCAAAACUAGACAAGCUUAUAGCUUUGAAGGAGAGGUCGAUGGAAAUGAAAGAGGAAGCUCACGAAGCUUAUAUGGAAGUCAAAGCAAUAGAGCUGCAAAUUAA